AUGUUUUCUUCGUUUUUCAACUCGGAAACCCCAGAUUCAUUCAAAACUACCUCACUCACCUCAAAAACCCUAGCUUCUUCUGAACACCUCGUUGUAUUAAAGCCCUAUCUUCCGAAGAGAAUCUCCGGCGCAGAUCUGAAGAAGAAUUAUACAGAUCUGAAGCUCUUGAAGGCUGUGAAGGUCAAAUGCAUCCGCCGAAGGCGAGGAAUCCAGUGCUCAGUUCCUGAGGAUAGUGGACUGAAGAAUGAAUUGGUGCUGUGGGAUCCAAAUGCGCCUCGUUUUGUUUUGUGGAAUGGGAAGCUUAGGCCAGUGCCCUCCAAGCCUACCGACUUGCCAUUUUUUGACUUGAUGAGUAUUCCGGGCAAAAUUAGAACGCUCGCCGAAGAAAUCACCGGAAUCGGAACGGUCAUCGGAGACAGGCGGUGGUGGCAUUUCGACAAGAUGAAGGCUCUGGAAAUUGAACCAGAUAGGAAAGUCUACAAUGCAGUGAUUCAUGCUCUUGCAAAAGGGAGGCUUGUGAAAGAAGCUCGCGGUCUCGUGAAAAUAAUGGAAGAGAAGGGAAUUGAUCCGGACACCAUCACUUAUAACUCGCUCAUCAAGCCUCUUUGUAAGGCACGACUGUGUGAUGAAGCCAAAGAAGUUUUUGAUGAGAUGAUAGAGAGGCGCCUUUCCCGGAGUACUCGAACUUACCAUGCUUUCUUUCGGAUUUUAAGAACUGGGGAAGAAGUGUUUCAGCUUCUCGAGAGGAUGCAUAUGGAAUGCCAUCCGAGUCAUGAUACAUACAUAAUGUUGAUCAGGAAAUUUUGUCGUUGGCGCCAGCUAGACAAUGUCUUCAAGCUGUGGACUGAAAUGAGCAAGAACGAACUUGACCCUGAUCAAAGCUCGUACAUUAUGCUGAUACAUGGGCUCUUUUUGAAUGGAAAAUUGGAGGAGGCGUAUAAAUAUUACUUAGAAAUGAAGGAAAAACAUUUGUUGACAGAACCAAAAAUAGAUUAA